AUGUUCUGGCAAAAAGUGGGGUUCUCUGAUCAAAAGAGCAUCAUAACGGGGGCGGAGUCUGACAGCCGAGACAAGCAGUCGCACGGGCUGAGAGCUCCGAAAGAAAAACGAGAAAAACGGGGAAAAACCUGUGAUGGGCACCCCCAAAUCACUACAAAGGUGCACUACAGUCCCUCCGAGCAACAUGGGACGAAGAAAAUAAAAACGCCCACAGAAAAACACUCCCCAGGACUCACAAUUGGCGACAUGUGGAAGCAGGCUUGCGGGGCAUGCGGGACCAACAUGGUGGCGAUUCAUGGCGGCUGUUCCGAUUUCUCGGAUGACCCCUCCAGAGACGAAUACCUGCCAGCAACCAAGGCGGGGAGACCUCCACAACUGCCGGCUCCUACCCAGACACCGCUCCAGUGA